AUGGAUGUCGAAUCCAGCCGUUCCGGCUCACCGACACCACUCCAGGUGGCGUCACCGGAACGCAUCAACAAGCAGCGUGAAUCGGCACUGUUCUCGGCGGACAGCAGCAGCCUUGGCUUCUCGUCCAGUACAGCGUCGGUCACGGACAAGAUCAGCCAGUUCAACUCGCUCGCAUCACAGUCGAAGCAGCUGGAGCGCAAGACGGCCGAUGCGGCACUCAAGCGGGCCAUGCUGGGGCGGGAGGAGGCGGAGGCGGAGAUGCGACGGUGCCGCGAUGAGGUGCGGCAGCUGCGGAAGCAGAUGGAAGAGGGACGUGAUCGAGAGCGGCGCGUGGGCGAGCGGCUGGAGACAGUAAUGGAGAACUACGGCCGGUCCAAGGAGACACACGCACACACACAGGCGCUCUGGGAGAAGGAGAUCCGACGGGCACGCAAGGAGACGUUCAAGUCGCAGAGCACCGUGGUCAAGCUGCAGGAGGAGCUCAAGGCAGCACGGAGCAGCACCAAGGCAGCACAGGAAGCGCUAGAGCACGAAAAGCAACGAAGCAAGGCACGGGAACAGGAGGCGUUCCAGGCGCGAUACGAGCUGGUGGGGUGCCAGGAGCAGCUGCAACAAGCGCAGCAGAUGGUCAAGACGCUGGAGCAGGAACGGGACGCGUUUAAGAGCCUGGCCAAGUCGGAGGAAGACAUGGUGCGGAUCGCGUCCGAGGGACGGCUGCCGCUGCCGCCGCCAGAUGAGCAAGAGAAAGAGGAGGAGGAAAAGGCCGAGGAGGAGGCCCAAGCAGAGACCAAAGAGGAUGAUAUGGCCGACGACACGCCAGCACAGAGCGAGACCGAGCAGGUGUUGGCGCUGGCCAAGACGCGGAGAAAGAGCGGCAAGCCGUGCAAGUCGUCUGCAUCGCUGCUGGACAUCCAGUCGUCUGCAGCGAGCGAGGCCGAGAUCGACGAGCUGACGCGGCAAUGGCAGUGGGAGAAGCAGCGGGCAGACCGAGCGUCGGAGCUGGUAGAGUACCUGGAGGCGGAGUGCCACCUGCGGGCGUGCUCGUGUGCGCGCAAGCGACCGCGGUCGAGCACGCUGGAGUCGGCACGGAAGCGACCAGCACUGGGCAUUGAGGCGGACGUUGGCGAGCGCGUGAUCCUAGGCGACAAGGCAAGCAUCAUCACGUCGUCGACAGCACAGAUCCGAGCGAACAUGCAGCCGAUAGCAAAGAAGAUGCGACAGGAGGACAGCAGCCUGUAUGCGCCCGAAGACGGCGUCUUUCGCACAGUCUCUCAACAGAUGACGGAAGAGUCACAGGAGAUGCAGGACCUGCAGGAUGCGCAUGAGGCGUCGGUGACGUCGGUGGCAACAACAGCCGUGGCUGCAAGCACACGAUCGGAAGAGCAGCCAGAGACCAGUCUGCACAAGGCUGAGACUGUUGUCGUGGCCGAGAUCGACACAGCGACGGGCAACGAGACAGCCGAAGAACCUUCCAUGUACGCACGCUCACCCUCUGCGGAGCCUCCCUCGUUUGCCGUUCUUGCGAAGAAGCGCACCUCUCUCCUCUCCCUGCUUGACGCACCGCAUCGGAACGGUGGCGAGGCAACCCCGGGCUUCCACUUCCACGUGCCGACGACGUCGGUGGCACCGGACAUUCCCGCUGACAUGGUCGACACGGCAGAUGUGGCAGAUACGGCAGACACGGUCGAACCGACGAGGCAGCGGACGUCCGCCACGGCCCAGGCGUUCAUGCGGCUGGCGAACGCCAUCGACAGCGGUGAGAGGAGGUCGGCAUCGUCUGUGGGAGCGGCUGAUGAGUCGAGGUCCUUCUCGGCCACGUACACGACAGCACCCGAGAUCCGGCACUCCGACGUGCAAGACUAUAUGGAGCUGGACGUCGAGCCAGAGCAGCAGCAGCAGCCGGUGGCGGAAGAGGCCGGAGACGGGCCGUAUGCGGUGAAGACGACGGUGACGAGGGUUCCGCUGCGCGAGGAGACGGCCGAACCCAGCCUGGCACAGCGACUAAUGGCAGCGCAGCGGACACCGACACAACGGUCGACAUCGGACCACUCAGACGUCGGCAGCGAGAGCAGCUUUGACGUGACCACUCCGGCGCUGACGCCGACGAUGUCGCGUGAGGAGUGUCUGGCGCAGAUUAGAGAGCGGCGCGGGCGAGCACGCAGCGUGGCAGGCAGUCAGCGGACAGCAAGAAGCGGAUCGGUGUCGAGUAGUGGCCGGCGGUCCGUUGCAGCGACAGCAGCUCCGGCCGCUUCGACAGCGUCGGCAGCGUCGGCAGCUCCUCCGGUGGUCGCACCACGGCGGCCGGUGACGCCAGGCAGCGAUCGACGAGACGUCAGUGCACCUGUGCGGCGAACGGGCAGCGUGCGACGGCGAUGA